UACCAAAAUGACGUAAUGUCCUAUCUAGUGUUUCUAUAUCUAUGUGCAAGAUAUUUCACAACACCGGAAAAGUACGGGUGGCAUUUUAGUGACGUUUUUUGUGACGCUAAAAACUCCCGUUGAGUUUAGGUAAGCACCUAGCUUGGAGUAACGCACAUGAUUAGAAACAGGCUUAGACAAAGGACAAGAGAUGUGUUGUUAAUGGUCUACGGCUUGGCGAUACAGUUUCAUUCAGGAAACCUUAAGCUCCUAUUCUGUUGACAUCAGUAGGCCUGCUUGCAUCAGUUGCAAAGAACAAUAUAAGAGCUAUUUUGAAUAAUGGAUGAAAUCAACAAAAGAACAAAAAAGGAAUUUGUAAGUGUUUGGGUUCGGGACCCAAGAAUACAAAAAGAAGACUCCUGGCAGUCCUAUGUCGAUUAUGAGAUUUGUGUUCAUACAAAUAGCAUGUGUUUCAGGAAGAAGACCUCUUGUGUUAGAAGAAGAUACAGAGAGUUUGUAUGGCUAAGGCAAGCACUUCAAGAUAAUGCACUACUAAUAGAUGUACCUGUACUCCCUUCAAAAAACCCAUUCUUCAGUAUGAACAACACACAGCAUGUAGAACAGAGGAUGAAAGGGCUGCAAGAGUUCCUGGAAAAAAUUUUACAGAAUACAUCCCUGCUGUCAGAUAGCAGACUGCACCUCUUUCUGCAGUCCAAGCUCAGCCCCACAAAGAUUGAGGCUUGUGUUUCUGGGCAGACCAAGUACACUGUUGCAGAAGUAAUACAGAGAUACGCUUGUGCAAACAGCCGAUUCCCUGUAGAAGAAAAACACAAAGAGAAAAGCCCAACUUACUCGGAUUCUGACUCGGAGAGUUCAUCCUCAGUACUGGGACACGGCAGUGAUGACAGUGCCCCACAAGACUGCAAAACAGAAGCAAGGGAGGGGGAACUCUUUAGAUUGCUGUCUGCAUCUCCGUCUGAAGAACACCAAGUACAGCCCUGAAAAGAUGAGAUUCAAGAGUUCAAGGAACUGUUCGGGAGGAAGGCAUUGAAGCAGUGACCGUGCUGAUGAUCACUGGGGUCAUCCGUGUCCAAAUUCUGCAUUACCAGGAAAGAACAGACACAAUUCAACCCUGGUUUUAAUUCAUUUACAUAUCUGUCAUCAUAUGUGAUGUUUAUUCAUUUUAUAAUUGUGUUCUCACUCAAUAAAUCUACAUAUGACAGUAAUUAAAAAAGGAAAAGAAAAGAUGACCAAGUAUUAUUGUCAACAUCAUUGAACACACAGAAAAGUUAAUUUUUCUAGAUGCUGUAGAACUGUUUAAUCUGUCUCUAUGAAAAGUUGGAUUAUAACUGCCUUUUUACACUAUUAUUAAAGCAUAUCACAAAUUGCAUAUAAAUAUAGAUGUUGUUUAAAGUGUUAAAGCCAGACCCCUUAUGUACCAAAGUUAUGGAUCUCUGAGUGCAUUCCUGUGCAUGUUUGUUUGUAAGUAUGUUUAAUACCAGAGUGGGUCCUGUUUUAAUGGUUUUAUCAGCAUCUGUAUUAAGAAGGCUGUGCUCUCUUAAUAUUUCCACACAGAUCAGAGACGGCAGUGAGAAAUGCUUCCAGUGCUUCACUGUGAAUAGUAAUUGCACGCCAGCAUUCUUGUAAUUAUUUGCAAAAAUCUCAAGUGACCUUAUGGCGGAGGGGCAGCGGAUGAAAAUCGAGAAUAAUAAAGGAAAUGUGCCUUGUGCUUGUUUCCUAACUUCUGUGAGUGACUCAAAUAAUUUGCCUCAGGAAACUUCAGCCCAUUUAGUUUUUGGCCCAAGUGUGGCAAACAUAAAACAGAAUUUCCUGCCAGGCCUGUAUUUGCAUGGGCUUAUUGUGGAUAUAAUUAAGGAGUUUCAUGUGAUGUUGGUCCUUUAGUACUUGGAAAUUUCUAUGUCCAUUUAGGCACACUCAGCUAGAAAAAAAUAAAUAUAUAUAUAUCCUAUAUUGUGAAUUUCAGUGUGUAAUGGAAGAUAUUGUUUAUGUUGAUGGUUUUUCAAAUAAACCGUUUAUAUAGUGUUACACAAAAGUCUUCUUUAAAACCAGUAAAGAUGUCUGUAACUUAUGUAAUUAUGGGAAAUAUAUGUUGGGUUCAGUUUUUGUUGUUUAAUCCUGCUGUUUAUUUUGUCAAACUUUAUAUUGUUAAUAAAAAAUGUGUAAAGAAAUUA